ACAUUUUCAAUCCAAAUCUUCAUCCUUUUCCAUUUUCAACCACUUCUAGAGCACACCUCUCUCAUAAACCCUAACCCUAACUUCCUGCAUUUCCAAGGCUUUCGCUUUCUAAUUCUCACUUCCCUUCCUUUACUCUUAAUGUUAUAUUUGUGUAUCAACUGAAUUCUGGCUCUCGAUUUUGGUGUAGAACUUGAUUUGAUAGCCAAGCAAUGUGUUGAUUGGAAGACUAGAAAGUUUUAGCAAUGGCAGAGUAUAUACGUUCCACAUCAUGUGUUAGGUUGCAUAUGUGGACAACCUGUGCUCGAGAGAAGAGCUAUUUAAUCCGAAAUUCACAUUUUAGGACGCCACAGAGAAAAUAUUCCUCUGGAAGUUGUAAAGUUGUCCAGCUCCCUCUUUGGAAAAUGCGCAGUAUUAGACUCUCAAAUUUGAAAGCAAGUCCUUGUAAAAGGAAAAUUUCCUUGAGGUGUAGUUGCUUGGGAGGUCUGGUGGACCCUGACGGCGCUACAGCAUCUGAUUUGGUUUCUAUUAGCAACCAGUUGCUUCUGAUGGCCAGCAUUGCUCUUACUUAUAUGGCUGGUGUAAUUCCCAUUGAUGGGCCCAAUUUGCGUUCUUGGAGGAACAUCGCAGAUGACAAUGUGGUCCUUGAAAGCGCAGCAUCUUCUGGUAGUGCUAAGAAGAAUGAAAACCAUGUUAAUGUAAAAUAUGCAUGGGAUGCAGUAAAGACAAAACUCUUGGAUUCUCUUCAUGCUAUAGAACACAAAAGCAAUCUGGGAAACAUAAUCCUUGAAAUUGACCAGCAGAGUGCUAAGCAACCCUUAAGUUUGUAUGCUGUAUCUGAGGGUCCCAAGUUGCGACUACUUUGGGCUUCUUUUAAACAACUCCAGGAUGAGGCAGGCACCGUCACUAUUUUCUUUCUCUCUUUAUCUUUUGGGGAUAAAUCACUUGACUCCGUGAAUACUGUUUUUGGUGAUUGUGACGAUUUUAAUUUGGAUGAUUGGCUGGCUGUUUUUCCUGAAAUUAUUGAAAAAUCUUGUAACUGCAUUUGCAUGGCUUGGCUAGUAGAGGAACUUCAUCUUCAAAACAAGAAAUUGGAUGAGGAACUUCUCUCUUUGAUGAUUCAGAAGUUAAAGGGAAAUGAAACUGUUUUGCGGACUAUAAGAAAGUCAGGCAAGGAACAUCUUUAUGGAGAAUUAUUGUACUUUCUUAGAUUUGGUUCUCUCAGGAAGAAUUGCGUUUAUGACCAGAGCUUGUUUACUUUGCAAGGAGAUUCUAUAUUGGAAGAUUUGGUAAUAACUUUAGCAGAUGGCAUUGCUAGUGUGUAUUUGGAGCUUAUUUCCAUUGAUGGUAAUUUGUCAAAUGAAAUGAACCAAUUGGGGAUGGUUAUGUGUAAUUUGUCAACCCGAGCACUUCAAAGAUUGCGGAAUGAGGUGGCUUUGAAUCAAUGGAUGUAUCAAAAUGUGGAGGCAGUUGUAUCAAUGUACGAGGAUAGAUUUGAUCUAUGCACUCUACAGUCAAUAAUCAUUGAGGAACCAAGCCAGAAUCAGACUGAAAAUCCUAGUUGGUGGAAGAAUCUUACGCGGAGAAAAUCUGAAACAAUGCCAUCUUCAUUAUGUUAUGUUGUCAUAAGCCAGUUCUCUAUGCCAGUGAAACGGACCAAGGAAUUGAGGGCCUUGACAGGGUGGAGAUACUACUUUAGUCUAUACCUCGAGUUAUCAGAUAUUUCCACACCGCUGAUUAGAGCUGUCAUUGAUAAAGUUAGCAAUGCCAUAUCAUUCUUUCUAGUUACCUUGAUUGGGAGAUCAUUAGGACUCAUCUACACUGGAAUUAGGCAGUCCCUGCGAUGGAAGUGAGCUGUCAUAGGUAUAUUUUUAUGUUUCCAUUCUAAUUUUGCUUUUCCAUGUUUUUUUGCUGAUUUAGCAGUAGCUAGAGGAGGAAUCUGACUUCUAAACAGUCAGAUUGAAACCUUCAAUUUUGCCAGAGUUGCUUGAGGCUUCUACUUAUUUGUAAUAAAUCUCAGUAGCAUCAUCUGUUUGCUGCUAAAAACUUGAUUUUGAUAUCAACUCAACACAUGGAGAAUAAACGAUACUGAAGUUUUCAACUA